AUGAGAGGCUAUUGCAAAGAGGGGUCAGCUGCAAACUUCAUCCCCUCUCGCUGUCAUCUCGUACCCCCUGACCUCCACCUGAAUCGGCGUCGUCCCAAGGCGAAGGACUGCUUGAACUGCUGGAGCACAGCUCGCUUUAGGCCUAUCGAGGCCUUCUUGAUGUUCUGCGGUAGGCAAGAAUUAAAAGGCUGCAGAGAUUUACAUGUUACGCAGGCUGACCCUCUGUGCCCCUGCCAGUUGCUGAUCUGGAAAGUGGAAGACUUGACGUCUUCCGACCUUUUCCACGCCAACCAUGUCUUCAUCGAGGCCUUCAUGGGCUACAACGAAACGAUGCGCACACGGGUGCACAACAAUGCCGGGAGCGACUGCAUUCUGAAGGAGUCCAUGCAGCUCAACUUUGAUGAGGACGACGACGAAGAGAAACUUUUCCUCUUCGUUCAGAAUCAGAAGGCACGCGCAGAGGAUGCAGCCUUGUGCGCGGGUGGAGAUUUCCUCUCAAGCCGUCAAGGACCUGUUGAAGACGGAUCCAUGGCUGAUGACAGUGGCAGCUGGGCUCAAGCCCCACAAUCUCCGGCAAUCAUGGUGCCUUCAACUCGGGACGCAGAUGUAACUGCCCUGGUGCCGCGCUCAGAGGGAAGCUCCGGGGAAGCUCCAGGGAUUGCCGAUGAGUCCUAUGUGGUCCGUGUCCGUUUUGCAGAGUCUCGGUGCUCCCUUCAGGUGCAGCAGCUGAGCAGUUCUAAGCCACGAGACCGGUGGAAGGCCGCGGAUGAGCUGGCGAAGCUCGGAAAGGAGGCCGGUGCGGCCUCCGCCGACUUGCUGCGUUGCCUCGAUGAUGACGACCCCGACGUGCGCUGCGCCGCAGCGCGGGCUGUCGGGCACGUGUGCGAUGACACGGCCGUGGAGGUUCUGAGCCAGCUUCUGGAGGACCCGGAGAACGGAAGGAAGGACGAUGACGGCGGGGUUCGCUGGGGUGCGGCCGAGGCUCUGGGCAACAUCGGCGCGGCCUCGGCAUCUGCCCUGGAGGCCCUUCUCUUGGUCUUGGAAGACGAAGAAGAGGACGCCCGCGGGGCAGCUGCGCAGACAUUGGGAAAGCUGGCCAAAAGCAAGGCCAUAUCCGACAUGACCGAGGUGGUGCAUCGCCUAAGUAUGGCCUUGGCGGACGAUGAGUGGAACGUCCGCCGAGCAGUUGCAGAGGCUCUUGGAAGGUGUGGGGCCAAGGCGACCGGUGGGGUGCAGCUCCUCCUCCGGCGCGUUGCGAGAUCCGAUCCGGACCCACGUGUAAAGAGGGCUGCCGAGGCGGCCUUGAAGCUGAUCGAGUCCAACGCCGAAAUGGCGGAGCCUGCGGAGGACAGCGAAAAGGUCAGGGGUCCUCAGCAAGUUCUUCAGUGGGAUGCCAACUGCUUUCCCAAGAGCUUCCCGCUCAUUCCGCGAGGGCAGAUCUGGAUAACCGCGGUGCCAGUGGAAGAUGAGUACCAUGGGUACGCCGUUCGAGGCUGA